UAUUCUGAAAAAAAUCAAUAAAUUGUAAUUGAUUUUACGUUAUUUGAAACUAGCAUUGUGUUAAUUUUAUUGUUACUGAAUUAAACACCCUUAAACCACUAUGCUUUAUUCACAAUGGUUUAACUUGGCGCCAGAUUUGAGGGCCAUUCACACUAGAGAACCUAGCGGCAGAAGUGACGGAUAAGAACUGAAACUUGGCACAGUACUUUCCUCUCGCGUUUGCCCACUUCUCCUGGUACAUCGUGAUUCUACUAUGCUGAACAUUUAUCAAUGUAAAAUGUCUCGUGAUUUAGAUUGUUGGCCAAUUUUCGAGUGUAUGUUUAAAAUGUAUCUCAUGCCAAUUCCUGCAACUGACACGUUUGCUGUUUUUCCCAUCAAAAACUUGUAGACAUAUAUACGGCUAAAAAUAUAAUUUUUUUUUUCCUUUUAUGCCCAAAAGAGUGAACGUCCUACUUAAAAUGCCUCCUGUUCGAAUUGGAACGAGAAAGCGGGUUGCUAAAGAAUUUGGCAAUUUUGUAGAUGCUUCCUUUAGCGAGUCGGAACCUCCAAGUUUACAUAAAAUUCCUUCGCCACCAAAUGUAAACAAAAGUAUCCAUGGUCAUCAAAGUAGGAGAAGACCACCGAAGUCCGCGAAGAAAUCAAAUGACAUUCAGACCUCACAGGAAUUGUGUAACGCUGGCACAAGAAAAGACAGUGGCAACACUCCAGUGUUUCCCCAUACUCAACAAACAAGCCAAGAUACUGCAAUAUGGUCUUUUUCUGAUCGUGGCCAUAGUACUCUGGGUGACGAAGAAUUAUUACCUAUGGGUCCUAGAGAAACACAAUAUCACGGUACAAGUAACGGAACUACAAUGUCUUACGACCGGAACAGUGAACCGGAACUGGCGGAAUGUCAUGCCCCAGACAACCAAUUGGGCUUGAAUUAUUUCCGUCAGCUAUCUAGUCAGCAUCAACAGCCUCACAUUCAACCUGGCCCAUCUUCUGAAAUGAAUUCCCGCCAACAAUCGAGUGGACAUGGUGGUCGUGGUGGUGGCACUUUGCAACACCAGCUAAAUCUCCCUGACCCGUCUUCCAGAAAGAAUCUCUGGCAACAAAAAGAUACUAGUUUCUUUGAUGCAGCAGAGACACAAGCAUUUCGUACUGUAGCGUGCAAUGGAAACAUGCGACCGCAAUUAAGUGAGCCACCGCGUCACACUGCAUCAGAAGUGUCGACACAGGAUUUCUUUGUUGUACGAUCGUCCAACAAAGAAAUCCUGCGGCAACCACGCAAUCUUAACGAAAUACCAAAUGCAGUAUUUCAGGACUACGUGAAAAGAACUUUGGAUUUUUUGAAAUUCACUGUAGAGAUAUGUCCGCCAAAAUCGGUGAUCUCUUGGAAUCUAGGCCAAAGCCUUGUAUUUGUACUAUCCAAAGAAUGGAGGACAACGAGGAACAAUUUAAUUUGCCUAUGGAGUCUUUUGCUGCUGUUGAAGACACGGAAAAAACGAUGGGGGACCAACAAACUUGGCAGCAAAUGGUAGUUGAAAUUUAUUUUUUUUUACACAGUUAAUCGAAAAAAUAACUAUUGAUUUUCAGAUUCUAAUAUUACUCCGAAUGCGUGGAGUUUACCUCCAGAAAACAGUUUACUCUAUAAUGGAAAAGCUUUUUACCUGCCAAAUCGGAAUGCACUACAUUUGGACCGGCAAAUCCACAAAACAGUUGGAAAAACAAAAGUUUUCUGAUUUAAAAAACAUUUAUGCUGCAAUCUGUGGAGCCGUUCUUGGCAACAAAGACCUUUCCAGUGACGAGAAAACAUCAGUAAAGAUACAGUUCCAAGUGACAGAAUGGCUUCGUCAUUGCCGACAAAAUGUUAUGAAAAGAAGAAUAAGUUUCUGAAAUUAAAUAAACAUUUUCAAA